CGCAACAAAGAUGCAACCAUAGACAGUUUAUAAGAAUGGAUACAACCGGCGGCGGAACGCCGAUACUUAAACGUGCUACAGGAUGUUUUACCUUUAGAAUAAUGCUCUUGUUACUGUUUUGCAUUUCUAUUUCGUGUCUACCGUUUUAUUCUUCAGCCAAGAGGAAUGACAGGCCUAUAAUUGGUGUCCUUGCUCAAGAAGUUAAUUCCCCAAAACCAAAUCAAACCGCUUACAUCGCUGCCUCUUAUGUCAAAUUCCUUGAGUCAGCAGGAGCGAGGGUUGUACCUGUCAUGGUUAACCAGACACUGGAGGAGUAUAAAACGCUCUUCAACUCCAUUAAUGGGAUCCUUUACCCAGGCGGAGGUGUCAGCAUCAUCUCGUCUGGUUAUCAAAGAGCUGCAAAAAUCUUUUAUGAACUUGCUAUUGAGGCAAACAAGAGAGGCGACUAUUUUCCUGUGUGGGGUACCUGUCUUGGGUUUGAGCAGCUGGCGUAUUUGACGAGUGGAAAGAAAGUACUGUCGUUUACCAACACAAGUGGUGUGCCCUUGCCUCUGGACUUCACUAAUGAAACCAAAGACAGCAGGCUGUUUAAAGGUUUCCCAGCUGAACUCAUGGAGGAUCUGGCCAAAGAGCCGCUGACGGAAAACUCUCACAAUUGGAGUUUGGCGGUGUUGACUCUUAAAACGAAUGAGGAGCUGAAGAAGUUUUACAAAGUUCUCUCCACAAAUACAGAUGGAAAAACGGAGUUUGUGUCAACGAUGGAAGCAUAUGAUUACCCUAUUUAUGGGUCACAGUGGCAUCCAGAGAAAAAUGCAUUUGAAUGGGGGAGGCCUUACAUUCCACACUCUCCAUCGGCAGUCAGGACCACCUUCUACGUGGCUGAAUUCUUUGUCAAUGAAGCCAGGAAGAACUUUCACAGAUUUGAAUCUGAGGACGAGGAGAGCAAAGCGCUGAUAUACAACUAUAAUCCUGUUUACAGUGGGCCCAAGAGCGCCUUCGAGCAAAUCUAUUUUUUCUGAUGUCUGUUUGCGAAGAAGCUCUGUGCAACAGCUGAUUGGCUGUCUCAAUCCCCUGACUCAUGAAUGUUUGCAGAUGAUUUGAAUUUGCAUUUGCUGCUCGCUUCAUCCAGGAACCUUUGCACCAAACACGCCAAUUCCAUGCAAGUAAGAAACUCUUUUUGAGUCUGAUAUACAUGGACUGCGGUUCGUACAAUCACGUGAUGUAACAAUCAGAGAUCACAUACACAAAUGGAACAAGAUCUACACCAAAGUUGGAAUCUGUGAAAUGAAAUAUUUCAAUCGUGUCUAAAAUUUGCAAUAAGGUACUCGUCCCCCAUCCUAAUCCCAAUACCCCUUUUCCUACCACACCCCAUACCCCUCUCCCUUAUUGUUUGCUUUAUUUUUGUUCUGGUUAUCAUUGUUAUCUGGAAGAUGGCGAAAAAACAUUGCAAUCAAGUAGUAAAAAUAUAUAUUUCAUACACCCAUGUGGUCCACACAAGCUGCAGAUUGUUUUUAAAUGGGGAAAUCGCAAAUCUUAUGUUUUUUAGCGACAAUUUUUAAAUUGAUUUGUUUCCCUAGAGUCGAUAUUUUUUUAGUUUUAGCAAUGAUUUACCUAAAUAUUUUCUGUUUACGUAACGUUACCGCUGCCGGCGACUACAUCAUCUCGUUUCCAGCCAAACAGACCGAAAGCAGAAAAUGCAAAAAGCAGCACUUGACAGUGACAGUGGACGUACGUUAAGUGGACGCCCAUUUCCCCUGUAGGGUUAACUUACAUCAUUUUCGUUCAGUACUCGACCAAUUUAAAAUAUUUUUGUUCACCUUCCUCCACAGCGCUGCGGAGGAGGGUCUGGCUAGUCCACACAGCAUUCCUGGAUGGGAGAAAAGCGUGCUCUGGUUUAUUGGCAUUUCU